AUGAACUUCUGGGAUCUGAUGGCUUUGGCAGAGUAUACAAAGGAUCACUGGCAAAUGACACAGAGAUUGCAGUUAAAUGCAUGGACCAGGAUUCAAAUUAAGGGAAGGUCAGGAGUUGAUGCUUGUAUAUUACUACCUUCCCAACGGCAGCCUUUAUCCGGACACUUGAAUGGCAAGGCCGAGUUCGUGUGCUCCUGGAUGUUGCAGAAGGCAUGUGUUGUCUACGUCUUGCUUUUGGAACCAAGAGAAGAGCAGGCACCAACAGCAACUCACGUAGUAGGAACCUUGGGUUACAUAGCUCCAGAGCUAGUGAAAUCAGGUCCAACUAUGGCCAGUGACUUUCACAGCUUUGGGGUUGUCAUGCUGGAGGUGUCAUGUGGAAGAUGGUCUACAGAAAUACAGUUAGACGAUACACUAGGUUUGGUUGAUUGGGUGAAGAAGCUGAAUGAAGAAGGUAGAAUUGAUGAGGCUGUAGACUGA